UUUUUUUUGUUGCCCUUCAUCUCUUUUCUUUUUCUUAAACUACCAUUUUUUUCUUCAUGCCUCCAUUUAAAAUUGCAGAUUUAAGCUUAUUUUCCGGUCAAGAAGAUCAAGUCAUUAAAGUCUCGAAUGACUUGUGGCAAUCACUUGUACCCUCGAACCACACAAAAGACUACAUUACUGUGUCUGUCUCGAUCCCCAGUUUAGCAGUUCAAUCGCCUAUUUCCAACACAGAGACGAAAUCUGCUUUAAGCUCUUUUAUUGUACAUUGUAAGUCUACUCAACAAGGGGACGGUAAAAACUUAUUGUAUGCAAGUACGAAAUUGGUUCAAAGUGUGUAUGGUCAGGAUGCUUUAGCCAGAUUGGACGAGGAUGAAGAGGAUACUUCAUCCUGUAGUGUACAUAUUCAGCCUGUAGAAUUGAUUGAAUUGGAUGAAUUAAUUAUUGGUGCUUUAAAUCAAAAGACUUUUGAAUUUGCACAACAAGAUCAAGAUGCGUUGACAAACUUAUUUAUUCAAGAACCAAAGAGAAUCAUCCGUACUUCAGAACAUUGUGACUUUGGAAAUGGACUUGCGUUUGAGAUUUUAAUGACAAGUCCAGUGCAACAAGGCUAUGUUGUUUCAGGGGAGCGCACUCGAGUAUUAACAGUGGAUUUAUCAGAUCCAGAGUCUCAAGAUGAUUCACAUAAAGCUAUUUCUGAUGGAGCAUCUGUCCCCAAUUUAUUCAAUAUGUUGAGCUCACCCAUCACCCCUCAAGUCAUCGAACCCAAGGAAUUCAACGUUGUCAUCUUACAAAAGCAAUGGCCUGAAGCUCGUCUUUAUCCUGCUCCCAAUACCUCGGACGAUGAUGAAUGCAGAGUUUUUGUGGAUAUUAAAGAUUUAGCGGAUUGCGGGGUUUUUAGUGGCGAUUGGGUAUUAGUCAGUGCAAAUGACCCUAAAAGAUCAAGAUUAUGCCGUGUCUAUGGUAUUGACUCAAGUCAAAAUAACGUUGUUUACCUCCCACCUGUAUUAUAUUUCAAUCUUGGUUUACCUCUUCCACCAGCAUCCAUGGACGAGGCCAAGAUUACCAUCACCAAAGUCAACCAACCACCUACAGAGGGUCCACCUGUUGCCACCGCUGUAAGUAUUGCACGUAUUGCCUCACCUGCAUCUAUGGACAAGGCAUUGCAAUCCGCAUUUUUGGAUUCCUUAAAAGGUUGGUUUGAAGCCAAGGAACGUAUUGUGUGUAAAGGAGAUGUGAUUGCCAUCUGUCUCGACGAAGAAAGUGCUCGUUUACGUCCACAAGACGAUGAUUUAGACGCGAUACCUAUUUAUACCAAACCCACGACUCUGGCCUAUUUCAAAGUGACUCGACUUGCAGACCAAGUAGAAGAUUCCAAGGUACAUCCAUCCUAUUUUGGAUCAGGUCGUCGUAUUGUGCCCAGUAAAACGCAAAUGGUGCAGACCGGUAUCGAAUACUCUCGUGUACCUGUGGGUCCUAUUUCCCAUUAUUAUAAUUUCACAGAAAAGUUACCCUUGAUUCGAUCUUCUUCAGCCGCUUACAAACAGUUGCAUGAGUUGGUGUCUUCUUCUCUUCAUCCUCUGGGCCGUGAUUUUGAAGUAUCUUGCAAUGCUUUAUUCCAUGGUCCUCGCGGUGGCGGUAAAGCGACCUUGGUAAAAGAAGUGGUGGAGGAUCUUGGCUUACAUCUUUAUGAAUUCUCUAUUUAUGAUGUUGUAUCUGAUACGGAUGCUAAGACAGAAGUGCAUUUACGAGCCAAGUUUGAUAAGGCAACUGCGCUUGCACCUUGUGUAGUAUUGAUCCGACAUAUGGAAGGAUUGGCCAAAAAGAGCGCAGUGGUUGAAUCGGGUCAAGAACCCUUGUUAGCAACCGUCCUACAAGAAUGUAUCAAGAAUGUGAACGCAGCUCAUAGCUCUACUGGAUACCCCGUUAUGGUGAUUGCAACCACGGGUGAUAUCGAUACUUUACCUUCAAGCGUACUCUCUUGUUUCAGACACGAUGUUGCUAUCAAUGCACCUGAUGAAGGCACACGUUUAAAGAUCCUCGAAAAUUUGUUAGGUCACAGUCCUUUGGCUCCUGAUAUUUCUCUUUCUAAUCUUGCAACACAAACAGCUGCUUUGGUGGCUAAAGAUUUGGUGGAUUUGGUUGGUAGAGCAGGUGUUCUCUCCCUUCAACGCAUCGAUCGUUCCAUUCAUCGUAAAGUGGAAGUGCCAGAAGAACAAGAAAGUGAAGGCUCAUCUUCCAGCACACAUGAGAAUAGCUCAGUUACAACCCACGAUAUUCAAGCUGCAGGAAUUACUUUGACUGCAGCAGAUUUUGAGACUGCGUUAGGUGAAGCCAGAUCCAGUUAUUCUGAUUCUAUUGGAGCACCCAAGAUUCCAAAUGUUACAUGGGAUGAUGUGGGUGGUUUAGCUGGAGUCAAGGAUGAUAUUCUGGAUACGAUUCAGUUACCUCUGGAACAUCCCGAAUUAUUUGGAGCAGGACUUAAAAAACGUAGUGGUAUUUUACUGUACGGCCCACCCGGUACUGGUAAAACAUUGUUAGCCAAGGCGAUUGCAACGUCUUGUUCGCUUAAUUUCUUUUCUGUGAAGGGACCUGAGUUACUCAACAUGUAUAUUGGUGAAUCAGAAGCUAAUGUUCGUCGAGUGUUUCAGCGUGCACGCGAUGCCAAGCCGUGUGUUAUUUUCUUUGAUGAAUUGGAUUCGGUUGCUCCCAAACGUGGAGAAAAGGGAGAUUCAGGCGGUGUGAUGGAUCGUAUUGUCAGUCAAUUGUUGGCUGAAUUGGAUGGUAUGGGAGAGGGCGGAGAGGAAGCAGGUGCAGGUGAUGUGUUUGUGAUUGGAGCAACCAAUCGACCUGAUCUGUUGGAUCCCGCGCUUUUACGUCCAGGACGAUUUGACAAGUUACUUUAUCUUGGUGUCAGUCAAGAUCAUGAGUCCCAAUUGAAAAUUAUUGAAGCUCUGACCAGAAAGUUCCGCCUUCAUCCUGAUUUGGAUCUUCGCCGUGUAGCUGAUCGUUGCCCUUUCCAUUACACGGGGGCUGAUUUUUAUGCACUUUGUUCGGAUGCUAUGCUUAAGGCAAUGACUCGUGUUGCAGACUCAAUCGAGACCAAGGUUGCUAUUCUUAAUGCAGAAAAAAGAUCGGACUUGCCUGAUCCUUUGACAGCUCAAUACUAUUUAUCACACAUGGUCACACCAGAUGAAAUCGUGGUACAAGCGGAAGAAGUAGACUUUAUCAAGGCUUUAGAAGAACUUAUUCCUAGUGUGUCCGCAACAGAACUUGCACAUUACUCCAAAGUCAGAGAGAAGUUUGAAAAGGUCGAAGAGGAUGACGUCAACGAAGAGGUGGAAAAUAAAGACGAUGAUGAUGCGGCAAUUUUGGCAUCUCUAGUGGAAAGUGCAUUAGUACAAGCAAAGAAAAAUGAUGAAUUAAAACCCAUUGUGGAGAAAAAGCGUAAAGGAAAGGGGAAGGCACGUGCCAAUUAGAAGUUUUUAAAUAAACAAUUUUCUUAUUAUGAAUCAA